GCCGGGUUGCUCCGGGGAUGGUCGACACUCGGAAGCGUUCAGACCAGUCACACACGAACCAGCAGGUGUUGAUCGGAACCAUAUCGGAACCAUGACGGAUUGCCAGUCAGGACUUGGAAGCAGACCGCUGGAGGACAUGCACGUGCACGAGUUCGCGCUCAUCGAGAGACCAAACCGCAGAAGUGUAAAGACUGCAGAGGAAAUCAGUCAGCUGACAGUGGAUGAAAACCUCAACGAUAUCGACAGAGCCGUCUACCUGCUCAGUAUGGGCCAAGAGGUGCAGCGAGCGAGCGUCAUCGCUAACCUGCCAUUUCUGAUCCGUCAGAAUCCAGCAGAGACGUUCCAUUGGGUGGUACCUAAGGUUCGGGAAGUCUUAGGUGGAGCCGGAACUGAAAUCCAACUAGCAGCGGCAGUGUCGUUUCUGACCGUUCUACAGGAUGACAUCGUCCUGAUCCACACCCACACUUACUCCAUACUGAAGACGGUCCUGCUCCACCUGAACCACCGAGAUGCAGCGGUGAGUAACGCCUGGCUGGAGACUCUGUUGUGUGCCAUCGACGUUUUACCAAAGGAGACAAUAAAACAGGAGGUGCUGAGACCUCUUGUCUUUCAACAUCUGCCUUCACAUUCUCUCCACGCCCGUUUGGCCCACUGUCGCAUUCUGGGCAAAGUUUCCUGCAAACUGGAUUGUCACCUGGUCAAGAAAGAGCUCCUGCCAUUGGCUCGCGCUUUAUGUCAGGAUCCAGAAUUUGAGGUUCGAGCGUGCAUGUGCCGCCAGUUGGAGAGCAUUGCCACGGCAACAGGUGCAGAUGAAACCAGCACAGAGCUGCUGCCUGACUUGGUUGACUUGGCGAGAGACGGGCACUGCGACGUCCGUCUUGCAGCGUUGGACACCAUCAUCAACCUGAUGGAGAAGAUUGACAGCGAGAACAGACUGCGUGUUGUGGUUCCCUUGGUGAUGUCCGUGACCCAGGCAGAUGAUGCCAUAUUGGCAUCUUUGUCAUUUCAGUUUGGAAAAAUCUGCAGUCAACUCGCAGGUUGUUUGUCAGACGAGCAGAAGGUCCACUUGCUGCAGACGUUCAAGUCACUUUGUGUGGUUGGUCUCAAUACUGAAAGAAAGCAAGACGUUGGCAUGCAGACAACACUGAUCCGGUGCAACUGCUGCUACAACCUGCCGACCAUGUUGGCCUUUGCUGACUCCUCCCACUUCCUGACUGACCUGUACCUGUCGUUUUCAAGUCUCUGUUGUGAUCCCGAAGUCAGCGUCCGAAGAAGCGCAGCUUCCAGUUUUCAUCAGGUGGUAAAGUCGCUCACUUCAAAUGUUCCUCUGGUCCACAAAGAGCUUCUGAUGCUGUUGAAAGAUGACGCUCUGGAGGUGUUGGAUGCUCUGAUGAAUCACUUAGAGCAAACUCUGGAGGUGGUUCUGUUCAGAGGAGAGAAACUGAUGCAGGAGCAGAAGGGUUCUUUCCAGUCUUCCGAACUGCUGUCGGCUCUGCUGUCAGCUGAGCAGAAGGUUAGUGGUUCUCUGCGCUGGAGGCUGCAUGAAAAGCUGUUGCAGCGUUACAGCAAUCUGGCCAAACUUCUCCCCGGAGAGCCACUGCACCAGAGUCUGUCUCCCCGCAUUUUUCUUAUCCUCACCAGCAACAAGGUGUUGCCAGUGCAGAGAGAGGCUGCACGAAUGUUCUGCACGUUCCUUCGCUAUAACCACAAACAGGAGCAUCGUCGAGAGAUGAUGGAGUGGAUGAUCCAAGCUCUGGCUCAGGGGCGAAGUUACUGGAAUCGUCUACGAUUUCUUGAUGUCUGUGAAAAGGCCAAUGAGAUUUUCUCCAGGAAGUUCUUCAACAGACAUUUCUUGAUCCCAGCUCUAGAACUGGUCCAUGAUCCUGUGGCCAACGUCAGGUACAAACUCUGCCACAUGCUGCCCUUGUUGCGGUCAUCGCUGCGCCUGCCUGUCGACAAUCAGCUAUUAAUGCAGCUGGAUUUCUGUGUGCAGAAGCUCCUCUGCAGGGAGAAAGACAAAGACGUGGUCACGGCCAUUCACAAGGUCGUGCUGGAACUUGACAAACUGGAUCUCACAGAACCUUUUCAGAGGAGGAAGGACAACAAUUUGUUGGACCACAAGAAAGAGGCAGAAGAGACUCUGCUGCUGGAGAUGGAGCAACUGGAAAACCAGCAGGGCGAAACCAAAUCGAAUUCAGUCAAACAGUCAGAGAGACGACGAAGAGACCGUAAUCCCAGUCUGUCAAAGUCAAGCAAGUCUAAGUCACUGUCCUUGUCGGUGUCCUCAUCCUGUAAAGAGAUGAGGAGGGUCAAACUGUCACGGAGUCGAUCCCUCAGCAGUCAGUCACCUGUCUGCAAACCCGACACGCCACAACAAACUAGCAGUCGGAAAGAGUUUAGUGGUCAUUGUGCGAGUUGGAAGUCAUCAAUACUAAACAACAAAGAUGAUUUCUCAACUACCAACCUUACCCCGGCUGUGCUGUCCAAGUCUUCGCCCACCUCGUAUAAACCAGUGCUGAUCUGCAGACACUUCACCGAUCUCCCUGACAUGAUGGCUUCAGAAGGAAAAGCAACAAAUACCUUAGACCUCAGGGAUUGUCAUUAUAUGACAAACCAUAGAGCCAGUCAUUUAGAUCAUAGUAUUGGUCCUAUUGAACCCAGAACUAAUACCGUGGUCCAGAGACGAACCACCUUGGACCGAAGGACAAAUACUUUAAGCCAAACAAACUUUGGGAGUAAUGCUUUUGACCAGAGCGACAACAGCAGCAGUAAGAACAGCUUCAUGUUCCAGCGCAGUAAAUCCAUUGAUCAGCACAGCACUGCACUGAAGGACAGCAAGUCAAGGAAGUUGUUCAUGUAAGUUCCUGUCAACAACACCCAUAUUCACAGCUUUGUUGAAUGAAAACUGCUAUAU